AUGAAGAGGGGCAGACUGAUCAAAUACGGUGUGACGGACUAUACACAGUUCCAUCGAAUACCUCACCGUGACGAGGCAAUCGGGAUCCCACCUCAGUACGAUGGUGUUGCACAAUUCACCUUUGAUCGUUACGAAGACAUGGAAAACUUUUACAAAGAUCCAUUUUACAUAAACCAUGUUCGUCCGGACGAGUUGAAGUUUAUAGACGUCGACAAUAUCGUCUUUAGUGUGGGAAAGGACGUCAAGGUGAUUGAAGGUGGAAAGAAUGUUUAUUCGACUCCGACAGGCUUUUAA